AUGGCUGGCCAGGCGACCAUUUCCAACUCCAACGAGGAAACCUUCGCCAAGGGCAAAGGCAAGGUUGACCCCACGCAAGAUAUGAGCAUGGACGAGGAGAGCGAGUCAGAGAGUGAGAAUGAAAUCGCCGACAAUGAUGAAGAGGAUGACACACAAGAUAACCUCAACGACCCCAUCGAUCAAAGCAACAUCAUCCAGGGUGGCCGACGCACGCGCGGCAAGGUCAUUGACUACUCUAAGAUCUCCACAGAUGAGAUGGAGGAUGACGACGAUGAUGAUGAGGAAUACGAGAGCCGUGAGGAUAACCAGACCAACGACGAUGAUGAUGAGAUGCGCGACUAA